AUGGCGCUGUCAGAGAACACUGCAGCUUACCCCGUAGUCCUCUUGGUGAGCAAGAGCAGUUCCGACAGUCCACCGCCGGCCUCCGACAGCGACACCGCAGAGCUUGGGGCAGGGCGGCACACUGCCAGGGCUGGGGGCGGGGGCCAGAAGGAGCUGACCAGGAAAACCUACUUCACCGAGAAGGAAGUGCAGCAGUGGUAUAAGGGCUUCAUCAAGGACUGCCCCAGCGGGCAGCUGGACGCGGCGGGCUUCCAGAAGAUCUACAAGCAGUUCUUCCCGUUCGGAGACCCCACCAAGUUCGCCACGUUUGUUUUCAACGUCUUUGAUGAGAACAAGGAUGGGCGGAUUGAGUUCUCCGAGUUUAUCCAGGCGCUGUCGGUGACCUCCAGGGGGACACUGGACGAGAAGCUACGGUGGGCCUUCAAGCUCUACGACCUGGACAACGAUGGCUACAUCACCAGGAACGAGAUGCUGGACAUCGUGGACGCCAUCUACCAGAUGGUGGGGAACACGGUGGAGCUGCCCGAGGAGGAGAACACCCCUGAGAAGAGGGUGGACCGCAUCUUUGCCAUGAUGGACAAGAACGCGGACGGGAAGCUGACGCUGCAGGAGUUCCAGGAAGGGUCCAAGGCCGACCCGUCCAUCGUGCAGGCGCUGUCCCUCUACGACGGGCUGGUAUAG